AUGCUUCCGAAAGUUAUAUCCAAAUUGUUCUGCAGUGGAAAGGUGAACAGUUAUUGUCGUUACGCAUAUGCUAUAUUCGAUUCGGAUAAUACUGGCGCAAUGAAUUUUUCCGAGUACGUCAAAGCGAUGCACGCACAUGACUCAGACGAUAUCGACGAAAGUCUUAGUUUGACAUUUAAUGUGUUCGAUUAUGAUAAAUCAGGAAAAAUUGAUCAAAAAGAAAUUAUUCAUAUGCUCACAGCAACAGGUGACCUUCUUGGUCGGCCGAUAGAAACGGCAAAUGCCAAAGCGCUCGCGAAGAAAAUCCUGGAUACUUGUGAUAAACAACGCAAAGGGAGCAUUACACGAGAUGAAUUCAUCAACGGCUGCAAGUAUAUCAAGGAGUACUAUCAGCUAUUGAUACCGAACUUCGAAAAUGUAUCCACAGCGCACGAUCCAAAUUAUGAAGGAGAUCUAGAAUACGGUAAAAAGUGUGGACAUGGCACUUACACAUGGCCUGACGGUCGUCGAUACGAAGGAGAGUGGAAAGAUGAUAAACAAAAUGGAGAAGGUGUUUGUACCUGGCCCGAUGGUAAUGAAUAUGAUGGGGACUGGAAAGAUGAUAAACGACAUGGAGAAGGUGUUCAUACCUGGCCCGAUGGUCGCGAGUACGAUGGAGACUGGGUAGACGAUGUUAGAAGCGGAGAAGGCACCGAAACUUUGCCCAAUGGUGAUAGAUUCGAAGGCGAAUGGAAAAACGAUAAGAAGAACGGUAAAGGUUUUUAUACAUGGUCGGAUGGUCGCCGAUAUGAAGGACAAUGGUACGAUGAUAAACAAGGUAGCGAUGGUGUUUAUACAUGGCCUGAUAAACGACAAUACGAAGGUGAGAUGAAAGAUGAUGAAAAAGAUGGAAACGGUAUCGAAAUUUUACCCGAUGGUACUCGCUAUGAAGGUUCGUGGAGAAACAACAAGAAGAACGGAAAUGGUGUCCUUACUAUGACUGAUGGCUACAAAUACGAAGGACAUUGGGAAAAUAAUACUAAGCAUGGCGAAGGUACUGAGACAAAGGAGAAUGGUGAUCGAUACGAAGGAGAAUGGAAAGAAAAUCGAAGAAAUGGAAAAGGUGUCGAAAAUCUAGCCAAUGGAGAUCGUUUCGAUGGAAAAUGGCAAAACGGUGAAAAACAUGGGCAAGGUGUUCAAACAUUUGCUAACGGUGCUAAAUUCGAAGGACAAUGGAAGAACGGCGAACGACAAGCGGAAGGCCGUUUAACUUUAGUCAACGGUACCUACUAUCAAGGACAUAUUGGCAAUGAUCAUAUUAAACAAGCAAGAAAUAAUCAAACUCCAGGCAUGCAAUGCAACCAAACUCGAUACACCUAUACAUAUACUUAUCAAUGA